AUGUGGACCCCCAGGGGGGGGCCCACUGGAGGCCCUGAUGCCCUGGCCUCGGUCCCGCCGUGCGGCCAACAGGCACCCUCACUUCCCACUACAACUACCAGGUCCAGGUGGCCGAGAACCAGCCCCCGGGACCUCCGUCAUGGUCAUGUCCGCCUCAGACCCGGACCCCGGAGACGCGGGCCGGCUCAGCUUCAGCAUGGCCCCCUCAUGAACAGCCGCUCCUCGGACUACUUCCACAUCCACCCGGACACCGGCCUCAUCACCACCACCCAGAUCCUGGACCGGGAACACAUGGACCUGCACUACUUCCGGGUCACGGCCACAGACUCGGGGUCCCCUCGCCUGUCCGGGACCACCAUGACGGAGUACCGGGAGACGAUCCGGGAGAACGUGGAGGAGGGCUACCCCAUCCUGCAGCUCCGGGCCACCGACAUGGACUCCCCCUCCAACGCCAACAUCCGGUACCGGUUCGUCGGUGACUCCGCCGCCAUGGCCCGGGCCGCCUUUGAGAUUGACCCGCGCUGGCCUCAUCACGACCCGAGGGGCGGUGGACCGGGAAACCAACGAGCACUACACCUCCAGGUCGAAGCCACUGACCAGGGGAAGGAACCCAGUCCUCGCUCGGCCACCGUGAAGGUCCACAUCACCGUCCUGGAUGAAAACGACAACGUUCCGCAGUUCAGAUGUCCGGCCUCACUCCAAGAUCCUCGAGUCAGUGCCACCGACCGAGACAAGGACAACAACGCCGCCGUCCACUACAACAUCAUCAGCGGGAACAGCCGUGGACAGUUCUUCAUCGACAGCAUCACUGGUGAGAUCCAGGUCGUGGCUCCAUUGGACUACGAAUCGGAACGGGAGUACGCCCUUCGUGUCCGGGCGCAGGACAACGGCCGCCCGCCUCUGUCCAACAACACAGGAAUCGUGAGCAUACAAGUGACAGACGUUAACGACAACCCGCCCAUAUUUGUGUCCACGCCGUUCCAGGCCUCGGUGCUGGAGAGCCCCAUCGGCAGUUCCAUCCUCCACAUCCAGGCCAUCGACACUGAUUCCGGAGAUAACGCCCGUCUGGAGUACAGGUUAACGGGCACCAGCUCCGACACGCCAUUCGUCAUAAACUCUGCGACGGGCUGGGUCACCGUCAAAUCCACCCUUGACCGUGAAGCUGUAGAACAUUAUUUCUUCGGCGUGGAGGCCAGGGAUUAUGGGAUGCCACCUCUUUCUGCCACAGCCAGUGUCACAAUUACAGUGAUGGAUGUUAACGACAACCGGCCCGAGUUCCUCCAGAAGGAGUACUAUGCCCGGCUGAACGAGGAUGCGGCAGUGGGAACCAGCGUGGUCACGGUCACCGCCGUUGACCGGGACGUGAACAGCGCGGUGACGUAUCAGAUCACAGGCGGAAACACCAGAAACCGCUUUGCUAUCAGCACAGCGGGCAGCGCUGGACUCCUGUCUUUGGCCCUACCGCUGGACUACAAACAGGAGCGCCGUUAUGUCCUGACCGUCACCGCCUCGGACCGAACGCUGCAUGACACCUGCCAGGUGCACAUCAACAUCACGGACGAAACCCACCGGCCUGUUUUCCAGAGCGCUCACUAUUCCAUCAGUGUCAAUGAGGACCGGCCUCCUGGGAGCACCGUUGUGGUCAUCAGCGCUACAGACGAUGACGUCGGUGAAAAUGCUCGAAUUACGUACUACCUCGAGGACAACAUCCCUCAGUUUCGGAUCGAUCCCGCCACGGGGGCAAUAACACUCCAGGCCGAGCUGGACUACGAGGACCAGAUGACCUACACUUUGGCCAUAACAGCUAAAGACAACGGCAUACCGCAGAAAUCAGACACCACCUACGUUGAGGUGAACGUGAACGAUGUCAACGACAACGCACCUCAGUUCGUUAGCCCCAGGUAUCAGGGAACGGUGAGCGAAGAUGCCCCAUUUACGAGUGUCCUUCAAAUUUCUGACGACCGUGACGCUCACGCCAACGGCCGAGUCCAGUACACGUUCCAGAACGGCGAGGACGGCGAUGGAGAUUUCACAAUCGAGCCUACAUCUGGCAUUGUGCGAACUGUUCGCCGUUUAGACCGGGAGAGCGUUCCCUUCUAUGAACUCACCGCCUACGCUGUCGAUCGCGGCGUGCCUCCUCAGCGGACCCCAGUCCACAUCCAGGUGACGGUCCUGGACGUCAACGACAAUGCCCCCGUGUUCCCAGCUGAUGACUUUGAGGUUCUAGUAAAGGAAAACAGCGCCGUGGGGUCCGUGGUGGCCCAGAUCACAGCGACAGAUCCUGACGAAGGCGCCAAUGCUCAGAUCAUGUACCAAAUCGUGGAGGGAAACAUCCCUGAAAUCUUCCAGAUGGACAUCUUCUCCGGGGAGCUCACCUCGCUCAUCGAUCUGGACUACGAGGCCCGGAACGAGUACGUCAUCGUGGUCCAGGCCACGUCGGCGCCUCUGGUGAGCCGGGCCACGGUCCGAAUCCGGCUGGUGGACCAGAACGACAACCGGCCCACUCUGCAGGACUUCCAGAUCAUUUUCAACAACUUCGUGUCGAACCGCUCCAACAGUUUCCCGAGCGGCGUGAUUGGGAAAGUACCAGCCCACGACCCGGAUGUGUCUGACCGGCUGUACUACACCAUCGACAGGGGCAACGAGCUGCACCUGCUGCUGCUCAACCACACCAGCGGGGAGAUCCGCCUGAGCCGAAAACUGGAUAACAACCGGGCCCUGGUGGCUCCCAUGCAGAUCACCGUCACAGGAGGCGGUUACCUGCGCUUUGAUGUGGGAACUUCCAAAAAGAGAAACUGA